CGGAGAUAGAAGAAGCUUUCCCAAUUCAUCAUCGAAAAAAGAUUUAACCUCUCUGUCGAUCUAAAAAACCCUCUCUCUGUCAAGAUUUCUUCUGUAGCUAAUGGGGCCUGUGGAACGGGCAUCUACCGCUCGCGAUUUUUCUCGAUUAUCUGUUUCUGCAAAUCCACCGCCAUCAUUGCUUGAAUGGGAUGAUGAAGAACCAAUCGAUUUUGAUGAUUUAUCAUUUGGUUCAAUAUCGUACACCUGCGGGGUCAGUGGAUGUCAAAUUUGAUGGUUCACUUGCUAACGUUCCACAUCAUGAGCACGUGCUUGUAUUUUAUGGAAACCAUUUCACUGUCAAUGGAGGCCCUGAACGGGAUAUGAAUCAUCCCAGUAACGCCAAAUUAUUGGAGAGCGUCAAGAACUACCAAAUUCCUGAAGAACUCGCGGCAGAUGGACUGCAUACGAUUCGGGUGAUAAAAACCUUUAAAUCUUUGAAUAACGUUAAGGUUGUCCGGGACGAACGUCUUGAUGAGCAUCAUAGGCUUAUGUCUAGCGGGAUGGGGAUGUGAGUUGUCUAUUGCUAGAGCAUGGACAAUACAAGAUGGCAUCCCAAUUAAAAUUCUUACUAAGAUGUUUUUUUUCUUUUGCUAAAGUGUCUGCGACAUUGUUGGCUGUUAUAGGUAUAAAAGAAAAACCCAGAAAAUUCCCUCAGAAUAGCUUGAUUCUGCCAGGAGAUUGUUACGGUCACCUUCCAUGCCGAAAAAGAAAGAUUAACUCCUUCGCCCACUGAGCCGCAUAGUACUUCUGCUUCUUCUGGGGAUUCUGUUGUAGCAGGCGCUGUUUUCCCUUGCUCAAAUUCACUUGUAUCAUCUCUCAGAAUUAAGGAAAAAAAAAGGGUUUAUUCUUUGAUGUCCGGCUGCGUCUGCGUUUAUUUUGUGAGUAGUUGUAUCCGGUAAUUUCCAAUGCUCUUUUGGUUGAGAUUGUGUUCCUGGACUAUGUCUCUGGAUUUCUAAUGCUAGUUGAGUGCAUGAUUUUUGUUUUCUUUGAAAAG